UGAAUGGUUCUCGUGUUCUGUUGGUUAACUAAAACUUUUAACUAAAAAGAGCCAUUGCCAGCGAAGCUUUCGUACUCUAGCUACCAAAAGCAAAACCACCUCUAGCGAGGAAAACCCGUAGGCAGAGAGAGAGAGAUUGAAACGCCUCUCCGUCGUCGUUUCUGCUUCUCUAAUCGGAUUUUCGAAUGAAAAUGGCGGAUCAUUACCUGCUAGGAUGGAUCUUGGCAUCUGUCAUGGGGCUUUUCGCUUUCUACUAUAUUGUUUAUUUGCUAGUGAAGCCGGAGGAGGACAAUAAUAGACGAUCCCUCCCUCAGCCGAGAAGCGACUUCGUCAAGACUAUGACAGCUACGAAUGGAGAAUGCAGAUCCGAUGACGACAGCGACGUUGACGUCAUCAUCGUCGGAGCCGGUGUUGCUGGCGCCGCUCUCGCUCAUACCCUCGGCAAGGAUGGGCGUCGAGUGCGUGUCAUUGAAAGAGACUUGACUGAACCUGACAGAAUUGUUGGUGAAUUGCUACAGCCGGGGGGCUACCUAAAGUUAAUUGAGUUAGGACUUGAAGAUUGUGUGGAGGAAAUUGAUGCACAGCGAGUGUUUGGUUAUGCUCUUUUCAAGGAUGGAAAACAUACACAACUUGCUUAUCCCCUGGAAAAGUUUCACUCAGAAGUAGCAGGGAGGAGCUUUCACAAUGGGCGUUUUAUUCAGAGGAUGCGGGAAAAAGCUGCAUCUCUUCCCAGUGUAAAAUUGGAGCAAGGAACUGUUACUUCUCUACUUGAAGAAAAAGGGACAAUUAAAGGUGUGCUGUACAAAACAAAAACUGGUGAAGAGCUUACAGCUUUUGCACCUUUGACAAUUGUUUGUGAUGGCUGUUUCUCCAAUUUGCGUCGCUCUCUUUGCAACCCUAAGGUAGAUGUGCCCUCUUGUUUUGUUGGUUUGGUCCUGGAGAAUUGUCGACUUCCGUAUGCGAAUAAUGGGCACGUUAUACUAGCAGACCCUUCCCCAAUUUUGUUCUAUCCUAUCAGCAGUACAGAAGUUCGCAGUCUGGUGGAUGUACCUGGUCAGAAGGUCCCUUCUGUUUCAAGUGGUGAAAUGGCAAAUUAUUUGAAGAACGUGGUGGCGCCUCAGGUUCCCCCAGAAAUAUAUGAUUCCUUUGUAGCUGCAGUUGAUAAGGGAAACAUUAGAACAAUGCCAAACAGAAGUAUGCCAGCUUCUCCCUAUCCUACCCCUGGUGCUUUGUUGAUGGGUGAUGCAUUCAACAUGCGCCAUCCUCUAACUGGAGGAGGAAUGACUGUGGCACUAUCUGACAUUGUUGUGCUACGGGAUCUUCUCAAGCCUUUGCGAGACCUACAUGAUGCUCCUACUCUCUGCAGAUAUCUUGAAUCCUUCUACACCUUGCGUAAGCCUGUGGCAUCUACAAUCAAUACAUUGGCAGGUGCCCUCUACAAGGUGUUUUGUGCUUCACCUGAUGAAGCAAGGAAGGAAAUGCGCCAAGCCUGCUUUGAUUAUUUGAGUCUUGGAGGUGUAUUCUCAACAGGACCAGUCUCUUUGCUCUCGGGUUUAAACCCUCGUCCAUUGAGCUUGGUCCUCCACUUCUUUGCUGUAGCAAUUUAUGGUGUUGGGCGUCUGUUAUUGCCAUUUCCUUCACCUCAUCGUAUAUGGGUCGGUGCUAGGUUGAUUUCGGGUGCAUCAGGAAUCAUCUUCCCCAUUAUUAAGGCGGAAGGAGUUAGACAAAUGUUCUUCCCUGCAACUGUUCCAGCAUAUUAUAGAGCACCUCCCAUUAAAUGCAAUUAAUUUGAGAAGGAAAUCGAAGAUAAGGGAGCGGCUUUGUAUUCUCAAAGAACUGUGAAUUAUCAUAAGCGUUAGUCUUUCUUCAGGAUGUCUGUAACUGUUAAUCUCAGCUCCAAAUAUAUAAAAUUUUGUUUGUUCAUUUUA